CGCAUGCGGCAGUGGAUUGGUGAGAUGCGUGCAAAAUUCCUCGAUGCGUUGUUGGCCCACGAGGCUUUGCCAACCGCGACGACGACCGCAUGCAGUAUUUGCCAUCGUUCAACGGGGGAGUACCGCUGUCAAGACUGCUUGGGCGGAUGCAUGAUGUGUAAAGAUUGCACGAUAGCCGCUCAUAGAAAACUCCCGCUCCAUCAUAUUGAGCGUUGGGAUUACGAUUGCUUCACGCCGACUUCGCUUCGCGACUUAGGGCUUGAAGUCCGGUUAGGUCACACCUCUGGCGAGUCGUGCGGUGGGGUUCACCCGGCUCACAAAUCAUUCCUUGUCUUCGACGCGAAUGGCUACCACUCCGUUGAUGUUCGAUUUUGUGUUUGCUUGCCCACUCCACCAUGGAAACAGCUACUCGAUGUCGGCUGGUAUCCAGCCUCUAGCCAGGAACCCCGCACGGCGUUUACGUUCUCAUUCCUCGACACAUACCACCGCCUCACGCUUCAAGGCAAAAUUUCACUUCAUGACUACUACUUGUCGGUCACACAUAAAACAGAUAACGCUGGCCUAAAUGAGCAGAUGUCACGAUACCACGAAGCCACGUUGGCCACGAGGCAAUGGUCUCAUCUAAUGUUGCUCAAGCGAUCAGCUCGUGGGCACGACCCAUCAGGUAUCCGCAAUACAUCGAAGGGAGCACUCACCGUUGCAUGUCCCGCCUGUCCUCAACCGGGGUGGAACAUUCCAGACGACUGGGAUAAGUGUCCCCCGGAACAAAGGUGGAUUUAUACGCUAUUCAUCGCGCUCGAUGCGUGUUUUCGUUUGAAGAACAAGGAUCGGAAAAUACAUGAUCCAGAGCUGGGAAACGGGUGGGGAUACUGCGUAGAGGAAACGUCAUACCAGGAGCAUCUCAAGGAGUACGUUGAGAUCGAGGAGGUGAACACUACGGUUCAAUGUGACUCAACCUUCAACGCGAUCAAGCAUAUGAAUUCAACUAAUGGAAAGCCCGGGGUCAUGUCCGUGACUGGUGUCGGCGCCGUCAAAUGUGCGAGACACGCGUUCGUCCGGCCGAACGGCGUCGCCGACUUACAGAAAGGUGAAAAGUAUGUGACCAUGGACUACAUCCUCUGGUCCACCCUUCUCCUCGUCGGCUGCCUCCUUCCGAUCGCCAUUAGCUACGACAUUGCAUGCCAGUGGAAGCAGAACCUCUGGAAACGACACGCCUCCCUCCCUGCCACUUUCGCAACACUUACAGGACUAGCCAUACGAUUCUUCAUUCCGAGCAUGCAUAUCCGCGAUCAUACACUGUUAUGUCAGACGGAGUAUAACUUUCUCCUUCACGAAAAUACGGGCCUCACGCACGGAGAGACCAUAGAGCAGGAAUGGGCUCAUAUAGGUGGUGUCACCACCAUCACGCGGGACAUGGGCCCAGGGGCGCGUCAUCACACGCUCAACGACCAUUGGGGUUUCUGGAACUUCAGAAAGACUGUCGCUUUGGGUGCAUUGAUGUACAAGGCUUUGAUAUCUGCGAUGCAAGAGCGUACCCGACACCAGCGUAUCUAUGAAGAAUACACCGCCCGAUUUAGCCCGGCUCUAGUUCUCCGGUGGGUGGAUAUGAUUCAGAAAUGGGAGCUUGAUCCGAAGAAUCCAAACCCAUACGACGAGCCCGAACAAGCUGUCAAUGUCAGUCAGCUACGGAAAGAGUUUGCGGACCAAGACGCGCAAGAAGCCGAAUCGAGGAUCCCUUCGCUACAUCCGACGUCCGCCAAUGCGUUCAUUCGGCAGGGAUUCAUUCUACGCGAUCAACAAUGGAAUAUCCGCUACUCGGCUCAGCAACUAAAGGCUAAUGCUACGGAUACAGCGAAGUCUUCGCUACAAGAGCGACGCACAGCCCUCCAGCGGAGCAUCCAGAACUGGUAUGAUGUUCAAGAUUCUUACAUGCCAGUAGCUAUAACACGUCGCUCUCCACGACGUGCGGAAGGAGGCGAAGAGUCCGGAGUGACAAAUCGGGCCGAAGAUUUGGCGAUUCUGAUGCCCUCCGACAUCGACGUCCCUGAGCUCCGUCGUUCCGGGUGCAUCGGCGACGUUAUCAACAAGGAAAAACAAUACGCCAUGGCGCGGAUGAAGGACGGCCUGAUCAAUGUCCGGCACUUUCUAUGCAUCAGAUCUGCCGCACGCCGGAAGAUGAAGCACUCAUUGGGUGGUAUGGAAGUUUGGACGCAUGUUUCGAUCACUGCUCACAGACUCUUAGGCCAGAAGGAAGGAACACGGUCCAAAACGCUUCUUGGUUCGGUAUCAAAGAAAUUACAGCAGGCCGUCAACGUGUAUCGGACAUCCCAUGCGGCCGUCAAGAUUUUGGAUCCAACAGGCGACUGGGUAAAGCACUAUCGACACCUGUCUGACGAUGAUGUCCGUGGCCCAUUUCGAGAUGAUCAACUGGUCGAAGCGGAACGGAGGAGGACACCCUCAUGGAUCUGGACCGUGCCCGGCACCCAACAGAGGUCUGCGGAGAUCGACGACCGUGACGCCGACGAGCACAUGCGCAGCGAAUGGGCCAGACAACGAGCACGAUCGCGAAGAUGCGCCGAGGAGAUAGUAUUGCUCGUGGAGGAGAUGAGACGCGUGCUGACGUUUCUCCGCUCGAAGGCGACCUGGUGGGAGAAACAGCGGGGGUUACGGAUGGCAGAAGAUCGCGUUAUGCGCGGAAUUGAUGCUUAUGCAUGCCGUCAAGCACGCAUACUUACCAAACUUGGUAGCGUGUUCGCGUCGCGGUGGCUACCACUGCUCAAGAUUUCAGAUCUUGGAGGGCAGUGGAUUGCGCAGUUUGACACCACAGAUAGGCCGCCGCCAAAUGCCCCAUCCGGUCAGUGCUCCUGUCUAUUAAUACCAUAUGGACCUACUGACACGCUCAGUCGCCACAACCCACACUUCGACGGAUGUUGCGGGACCUGUUGA